GCCGGAUGUCAGGCGUUCAUCGUUGAAAAUGAAUCAGUUUGGCCGUUUCUGGACUCAUUCACUGCGGUUCAUGAUUUUUCCGACCAAAGAUUUUCAGGAAAGAAGCUUAUCGUGUUGCUGGAUGGACUCGAUGUGCAAACCACAGAACGUCUAUGUCAACAUUAUGCCAUGAGAGAUUUGCCCGAGGUACUUUUUAUCGUAUUGCAAAGCAACAAUUCCAUUGAGUUCUACACCACCCGUGUUUUGAGCAACGGGCCAUUCAAUACAGAACUAGUGCCGAUUUCUCCUCCAAACUAUUUCCCGGACAAAUUCGAAAGUUUAGAUGGCAUACCAGUACGAUUUCAUACAGUCAUGUAUCCUCCCUAUUCCUAUUAUGAAAGAACGACUGUUGAGAAGGCAAAUGCCUGGUCCAGAUUACCAGACGGUACAGAUGUAGUCCCAAUGUUCAUAGAUGGACAAGAAUCUCUCAUACUUGUAGAAUUUUGUCGCAAACAUAAUUGUACGGUUGAAGUUCUCUAUGAUGAUGACAUGUGGGGAGAAGUGUUUGAAAAUCAAACCGGCACAGGCUCGUUAGGUGCGGUAGCCAUGCAUAAAGCCGAUAUUGCUCUCGGUGCCAUCUAUUACUGCCUGGACCCUUACAAUUUUACUACAUUUACAGUUUCUCUGAGUAGGUCUGGCCUCACCGUAGUCGUUCCGAAACCUGGCAUUCUUGCUCCAUGGAAAACUCCAUUCUUGCUCAGAUAA